CGAGUGGAUGAAUCGUCGUGGAUCUUCUGGCUGUUGCCUGGCUGCUGCUGCAUUCGUGAUUUUGCCCGUGGAGUUGCACAUCGUCUCUGUAUCUCUUUGGUCCUAACUGAGCAGUAAUCUAAGGUAUAUAUCGCCAUGAAUGUGGAGAAACUGAAGCGCCUGCAGGCCCAGGUGCGCAUCGGUGGCAAGGGCACACCGAGGCGCAAGAAGAAGGUCAUGCACCAGACGGCGGCCACCGAUGACAAGAAGCUGCAGAGCUCACUGAAGAAGCUCUCGGUGAGCACCAUACCCGGCAUCGAGGAGGUCAACAUCAUCAAGGACGACCUGACCGUGAUUCACUUCAACAAUCCCAAGGCCCAGGCCUCACUCUCGGCCAACACUUUCGCCGUCACCGGCCAUGGCGAGACCAAGAAGGUUGUCGAAAUGCUGCCAGAUAUUCUGCCACAGUUGGGGCAGGAGACGAUCGUCCAAUUGCGCAUGUAUGCCAAUGCCAUGUCGAAUAAUGCCAAGCCAGAGGCAGCUACAGCUGCAGGAGAUGGUAAACCCAGCACCGCCGACGAGGAUGAUGAUGUGCCCUUGCUGGUGGAGGACUUUGAUGAGGUGGCCAAGCUAGAAGCCACCAAGCAGGAGCAGGAACAGGCAAAGAAACCCGCACAGGAAAACAAACCGAAGGACAAGCAGGAGGCCAAGCAGCAGCAGCAGCCCAAGAAGGAGGAUCGCAAGAAGCAGGAGCAGAAACAACAGAAACCAGCGGAGGCUGCCAAACCCAAGGAAAAACAAGACAACAAGAAGACACCAGCCAAGGCACAGACCCAGGCACAGGUACAGACACAGGAUAAAGAUGUAAAGAAGAACGAGCCACAGGCCAACAAAGAGAAACCCAACAAGAACAAAGCGGAGGCUAAGCCCCAGGCAGCGCCUCCUUCUGCUAAGGAUAAGAAGCAGGAUGCCCCGAAGCCAAUAGGGGAACAGAAAAUUGAACAACCAAAGCCAGCUGAAGCAAAGAUUGAGCAGCCCAAGCCAACGGAGCAAAAGGUGGAGCAGCCAAAGCCAACUGAACAAAAGGUUGAGCAGCCAAAGCAGACGGAAGCAAAGAUUGAACAGCCCAAGCCAACGGAGCAGAAGGUGGAGCAGCCCAAGCCAACGGAGCAGAAGGUGGAGCAGCCCAAGCCAACGGAGCAGAAGGUGGAGCAGCCCAAGCCAACGGAGCAAAAAGUUGAAGCCAAACCAGCAACCGCAACACCGCCAAAGACGACUGCUACAGAGGCACCAGCCAAGCCACGGACACCACCCGCUGUCCAAACUUUGGCACAGAUUGUGGCCGCUGAGCCGACAAAGCAGCCGUCGCCUCCAGUCGAAGCAGCCGCUGCUCCAAAGAUCGAGGAAAAGAAAGAGCCGCAAAAGAGCGAGCCUGCACCUGCACCUGCUCCUGCUCCACUGCAGCAGGCAGUGGCAGUGCCUGUGCCAGUCAAAGUGGAACCGACCAUAGCUCCGCCGGUUACAACUGUGGAGACCGAGAAGAAGCCAGAGGCCAAGCAAGCCAGUCCCCAGAAGAGCGCACCCAAGAGCCCAGAAACCGAGAAGCCAAAGCAGGCCAGUCCACCAAAGAGUACAACAGAGAAGCAGCCCAAACAGGCAGCAUCGCCACAGAAGCAAAAGACGCCGCCGCCAGCAAAACAAGUGACGCCACCCGCAGAAGCAAAGUCUGCCUCGGAUGUGGUCCAAGUCAAGGCAGUCGAGCCACUGGCAGCUGCACCAACAGCCAUCGCCAUAGCGGCGACUGAGAAGAAACCAGAGCCACCAAAGGAUGCCCCAAAGGCAGCGUCGCCAAAGCAAAAGACCCCGCCGCCAGCAGCCAAGCAAGUAACACCACCCGCUGAGCAGAAGGCAGCGGUUCAGAGCAAACCAGAUGUGGCCACAGCUCCCGCACCACAAACUGCGGUGGCUGCCACUCCAACAGCUGCUGCACCAGCUCCUGCAACGGCUCCUGCAGCUGCUCCCACACCGUCUGCUGCAGUGGCUCCGCCGUCGCCAGAGGCACCCUCACCGAUGGUUCCAGCUACACCACCAUCGACGCCCUCCUCAGCUCCACCAUCGGCAGCCGCUGUUACUCCACCAUCGCCGGCCACAGUUACGCCCCCAUCGCCGGUUGCAGUUGCUCCGCCACAGAAGCAGCAAGCGGCAGCAGCAGCCAAUGGCAAGAAACAGGAAGCGGCCCAGAAGCCAAAACAGCAACCAGCCAAGCCACAGCCCCAGUCUCAAGGUCAGCCAUCUCAGGGUCAGGGUCAGAAGCAGGCAGCUGGCAAUAAACCACAACAACAGCAUCAGCAGCAGCAAAAGCAGGCAGCUCCCAAGCCGACGGUGGCGCCCAAACCAGCACAGACCCCCGGUAAGCCAGCGGCCCCAAAGACUGCCAGUCCGGCCAACCAACAGCAGCAGCAGCAACAGGGCAAAGGUAACAAGGCGUCGCCUCCCAAGCAGGCAGCGCCGGCUGCAGCACAGCAACAGAAACCAACCAACAAUGCGCCCUCCGCGAAGGCCACGCCCGUGCCAAAGGCAGCCGCAGCACCCAAAGCUGCCACCCCGAAGGCCGGUACCCCGCCCGCACCAACUGCCGCUGCUCCAGCACCAGGAGGCUCCAAUUAGUGCAUCAUUUUCGCUUUCUUUCAAUCGGCUCCCUUGCAUUUUGAAUUUACCGCGCAUUUUUCACACACAAUUAGAACAGUUAUCAGUUAUCGAUAUGCCAAGAAAAACAGCUAAUGCAUCCCUGGUACUAACAAUUUCAUUUAUUUUUGUGCAAUUACAUUUUCAAUAAAAACAAUUACAAAUCACAAACAACAAUCCAGUG